UCAUGACCAGACUCCUCAACGGCGAAGAUUUCUUAGCGGCGGGGGCGCGGAGAGGCGUGGAAGGUAGUGUGCGGUGAGGGAGUGAGAGAGGCGAACGCUCUGUGCCCUGGCGUCUGGGUCGGUGCUGGAGGAGGUGGGGAGGACUGGGAGCGAGAGGGCAGGGAGUGAUGGCGGGGAGAAGGGGAGACGAAAAGGGGGAGAGGUGGUGGUGUUGGCGGAGGUGGUGGUGGUGGUGGUGGAGGAGGAAGUGUGGUGGCGGUGGUGGAGACGCGAGCGCCAGCAGCUGGUGUCUCAACACUGGCUCCCUACGAGUGUCUUGUUGUUGGUGUCGGUGGUGCCGGCGGCCAGGCGGUGUGAAGCCUCGUCUUCCCGCGCAGACAUUUUCCCGUGUGGGUUUAAUUCUUCCGCCCACUCUCCGCCACCUGCGCAGUUUCCACUGUGGUUGGGAGGGAGGAUUUAAGUGCAUUGCUGUUGUAGUCGAGGCUGGUGUGUACACAGUUGUUACUAAGUAGUUACCACUGGGAAGAAUUAUGUGAACAAUGAGUUCAAAUUAUAUUGAUAGUAUUCUGCCCAAGUACCAGGCGGAGUCGGCCGCGGCUAACCUGGUAAACUACAAUACGCAAGCUAGAAGUAUGUAUCCGUACGUGAGUGUCACUUCGCAUCAGCUGUCCUCCACCCCCGCCACCAACAUGUCGCCCUUCACCGCGAUGACAGCCAACACAGACGGCGACAAGCAAUGCCGCUACUCCCAGACCGGGGCCACGGAUAUGUCUCAGUACGGCCUAAACCUGCAGAAUUGUGCCACCACCAGCAACAUGGCCCAGUACUUCCACCAGAACAACGUCACUAACCCACUGAACUCCUGUAGUCAGCCAACCCCGACGCCGCACAUCCCCGACAUCCCACGGUACCCAUGGAUGUCUAUCACAGAAAACCAAUGGCGGGGUCUGACAGCCAAUUGGAACGGCCUGCCAUGGACGGCGAUGAUAGACACGAUUAAUUCGUUGGCAUCAGGUCCAAACGGCUGUCCACGUCGGCGAGGGAGACAGACAUACACGCGUUUCCAAACCCUGGAGCUGGAGAAGGAGUUCCACUUCAACCAUUACCUUACACGACGGCGGAGGAUAGAGAUCGCCCACGCCCUAUGCUUAACAGAGAGACAGGUGAAAAUAUGGUUCCAAAACCGACGCAUGAAGCUGAAGAAGGAGCUGCGGGCGGUGAAGGAGAUCAACGAGCAGGUGCGGCGGGAACGAGAAGAGCAGGAUAAGCUCAAGCAGCAGCAAGACGACAAGAAGACAAACAAGGAACAGCAGCCGUCAACAGCCAAUGGCCAGCCACCCUCAGCCACCAACGGCUCCUCCUCCUCCUCGUCAGCGGGAGGUGGCACUGGGGACACCAAGGCUGCAACUUAACGCCAAGGUGACUGUUCCCCUCAAGGGCGUGCUGCUGCUGCUACUGCUGCUGCAUAUGUAAGCAAAUAUCCUUACUUCACGGCCACCAGAACCAAUGACAUGCACGCCCAACCAACCACUUUCACGUCCACACCUUCAGCAGAAGCUCCGCCCCCCGACCCCGACCCUCAGCCGCGCCCUCAGUCUGGAGGGCUCUCCGAGGAGACCUUGUUUUCGCUCCUUCAGCAUCAUUUCAAUGCUUAAGACCAACGUACGAGUAUAACUCCUUUAUGAUUACUAGUGAUGGUGAAAAUUUGAUACUAAAGUAAAAUUUGCAUUGGUUAUGGAUGUAAAAUUAUUUAUUCAAAAAUGAAAAUAUCCUGGCGAAAAUUUACUACACAGAUAAUGUGCAAGCGUUUGCUAGUGUGGGUAAUUUGGCGCCAGGAGGUGCUGCUCGGCCCUCGAGGCUGUGUGUUGAGGUGCGGGGCGUGGACACAACCAGCGGGCACUUCAGGAUAUGAACCAGCAAGUGUCUCGUGUGUUCGCAACACCUGGGAGCCGACAAGUCUCCACCACCAACCUCUACUGUAACAGUGAACGCAGAAAAUCCAUACUUAUCAAACCCUUCAACACUUAGACCUUGAACGACGAAACAAACAAAUGCAAUGGACAAAAAACAUAUCCAGUUAGUGCAUAAAAUGUACGAGAAAACAUCGCAAAGUCUCGUGAAAUAGUUUCCCGAUGCUAAGCCAACAUCGACACGGUACUGGUGUUAAGAAAGUACGCAAGAAAUGCCUAAGGACUUUUCCUCCCCUCCAGAACUUGACCCCGAGAAACUUCCUCACACGCCACCUCACCACCCGGGCCUCACCACGCACACGCGCCUCCUCGCAGGACUUGAGGGGUGUUGCAGACGAGGGGCCAAAUAAACAAGGCUCAGCGGAGACACCGCCCACCGUAAAUUUCAUGACCCCCGCCCCCAUGACCUCUUAUGUGUGAAUGACAAAACUGAAUUCCCUUCACCUUUAGACUGCAGACACAUUUACCAAAAAUCUGUAUUGAAUGCACGGCGCGUCAGCACCCCUGAAGCACCUAGGCGAGGAGGCCAAGACGACCUGACGAGGGUAGUGAGAUAUGACGAGCACGGUCGAGUGUACGAGUCUGUCUGGUGGACGUGGCUGAGCAUCGACCCGGCCCGUCCGGCUCGUAGUAAUGGCGGACGAGACAGCAGUGAUCGUAGGGAGUAGUUUGUAACUGUGGUAAUCAAGGGCAUGAGUCACGACUCUGAGAGAAAAUGAAAAACAAUGACAUGCCUUCUAAUUAUUUCCUCUUAAGGUACUUCACGUUAACUAAAUGUUACUUUAUCGGAAUGUAUUUGUUUCACUGUAUUUUAUCUGUUUUUUUUUAUUAGAUAUUAACCAAUGAUUCCAGCUUUAAGUUCUUGCAAAGGUUAAAUGCUGUAGUUUUUUUUCGACUUGUUUGACGAAUAUGGAAGAUGGUAGUGCAGUGACUGAGUGUUGUUACAUUGUGAAUGAAUUAUAUUUAUUUCUAUUAAUUGUUAUGUUUGUCUUGAGAUUCGAUAUAGGGUUGUCUGCCAUGGCGGGUCUGACCGUGCGGAGGACAUGUAGCUUUGUUCAUUGAGUGCAUGUGCUCCUGAACGGCCAUGGCGAAGUACAAAGACGGAGAACUGUAAUGGAACUCUCUGCGCUCCUCAGUGUUGCUCACUCUACUAACAUUGUUCCUGUUCGGUGUUGCAUUGGCUUGACUGGAAAUCACUGACGUCACAGGUGAAGCAGAGAGUUUCAGGGCGCGACAACAGAGUGAGGAAGAAUUAGUGCAAUAGCCGAUAUGCUAAAUUAGAGCUUUAAAGGUGGAUAAAUAUUAUUUUGGAAACUAUCAAUUUCUAGGCUUAGGGAAAGUUACAAGGGUGGAUUUAUUAUUAAUCCACCCUUUGACACCUCUCUCCUCCGAAUUAUUUUAAUAGUAAUAAUGUGUGUAUGCAUAAUAGCUGUUUACUGAGGCCAAGAAGUGUGCAUAAUUACCGUGACACGAGGCGGAGGGAGAGGCGAGGGUGCUGGGCCACGUGCCAGGUCACAGAGUGGUCACGGGUGCCCUCGUGACCUCUUUGUGGCCUGGUAAGGUCACAUCCCGUCCUCCUCCCUCCUUCCCUCAAGGUGUCAGCAUGAGGCCAGGGUGUUUAGUGUGUAAGUUGUUGGCCACGCCCUCCCCUGCCUUUCUGAUGUCAGACAAACAUAACACUCAUGAUGGUACUGCUGGAAAGGGAAACGCAAAACUGGUGACGGAGAGACACUUCAGAAAGUCAGGGGAUCCAGGGGCUUAGUGACUUGAUAAUGGGUUAGGAUCUCACGAGGGAGACAUAGGACAUGGCUUCAUGGGACUUUGUUUUGAUCAGGUUCUAAUUUUAUUUCGUAUGCAUAUAAGUGUAAUUCUCAUAUGUUGUUUUUUUCUCUUUUAGCUGUUAGUCCUCGUCUUAUGUAAUGAAGAAAUCUUACAAAUUCUUCUUUUUUUCCAUUCCGUGAGACAUGUCCGACUGUUUUGGAAUGCAGUUAUCCUGAAUAUAUCACAGACGGAAAGGUUCUAUAAAGCAAUGUUAACGUUAUCUACAGUUACGGAGCAACGGAAGCAAGGAACUCAAUACGUGGUGCGUGUGGCGGGGAGUGGGAGUGAUCGGCAGCCAUGCACGGACCUGACGCCUCACGUAAACAAGGCGGCCCCUCGUGGCUGGGGGAGGAGAGAAAGUAAUCACGCGAGGCUGGCUGGCUGGCUGGCUGGCUGGCUGCCGUGGAUCUCGGCCAUAGAUCACAGUCGUCUCCUCGUGUUGCUGUUGCAGGCUCGCUUACUCACACAGAAAGGUCGUGUGUCGAACCAGCUCAACACAUUUUCUCUUAAACUAAAAACUUAAAGGUUAUCAGUGAACGCAGUCACCUGUUCGAGGCGUGGCAAAAACUUAAUUGGCAUGUACUCUGUUUCGAGAUCAGACAGGUAGAUAAAAGGAACUUUCAAUUUCCAUACGUAAAUAUUAAACAACAAAAACAGUACUCCUGCCCGACAGAUUAAGCUCCCCAGCUCUCCCCGGGACCCCGCCCCUCGCACGUGACUCAGGCAUGGCGGGCCCGCAUGAUGGUGGCCGCAAUUAACUCGUGAGAUACAGAGCCCCCGGCACCGCACACCACCACACCGCCACACCACCACACCGCCACACCACCACCGCCACGCCGCCGGGAAGACAACACAAAACAAUGGCCGCGGUAAACCUUUCUUCGGUGGAGCGUGAAACGUGAUAGUAUAAUCUUCCUUCAAAUUACUUUUUUUUUCUUUCACUCUCAUACGACUGUAAUCGAACCGUUUUUCUCCUUUGUUUUAUUCUGAUGGAAAUUCCGCAGGAUUUUACUUUUCAUCGCUUUAAUUGCUAUUCUUGGUAGUCCCUCAGUGGCCAUGAUGAGAACGGAUACACGUUUGCUUGAUUAGAUAUCGGACGCGUCGAGGAGAGAGAACACUCCGGCAGCCGCAAGGCUGAGCGAGGCAGCUUUUGUCACGUGGCCUCACCUUGGCCCUGCCCGGGGAGGCCUGACACGCUGCCACUGAUGAAAAGUUUACUGUUUCGCUUUAGCUCGAACUGCCCCGCGUAAAUCCAUCAUUUUUAAUGUUCUCAAGGAAAUAUUGCCUUUCAGUGGUUGCUCCUGCAGCAUAUAUCAAUAUAAUUAUAUAAUUUUCUUUAGCAAAGUUACCUUCAGAUAAUACUCGUUUAGUGUCUUUUCGCAAGAGCUUUAUAAGGUGAGGAUCCAGAGACCCCACUCACGUACCGGCAGGUGAGGGCGCAGGUCGCCAGGGACUCCCUGCCAUCAGUCCCCUGAUCCCGGCUCGCCCGACCCUUGCACCACUACCAACAUAUUCCACGAGGUAUCACAGUCGUGGCUGUUCGCCUCCUCGACACUCACGCGUGAUUAAGUGUUUCUUUUGAACACCGACACGCCUUCGAGCGUUUGUGAAGUUCAAAUAGCAUGGCGAGGCGUCCUCAUGGUUGGCCAUGAGUGAGCCGGCAGAAAAGUUAGGGAUCACUUUCGGCCCGGGUGAAGUUCUUAUAAGGGAAUAGCAGACAUUGUUUCUUUCCUAUUAGGUAGCGUGACCUUCCAACCUUAACACUCGAGUUGAAAGGUAGCCGUUUGUGUUAACAUUAAAGGGAAACACUUUUGUUUUGCAUGUAGCUACACGCCCGUGACAGGGAAGUUCUUGUGUCUGCGGUUCUCAGGGAGCUGGACAACACAUCCCCUGCCGCCUGCUGCUCGCUGCUCUCACACGGCGAGACUCCAGCCUCAGAGGAAGUAGACCCACUGAAGCGAGAGUCAGUCGUGUUCGCCACCAUCCGUGACGAUGUUACCAGCACACCACAAGCUUGUGUGGUGCAGCAACACAAGCAGGAAACAAUACUAGGCACGAGGUCGCUUCCACCAAGCUGGCGGCUGACUUAGUUAGGUCAGCAAAACAUUGCCAGCACCUCCACCCACCUCGUGAGCCGCACGUGUAGGCACUGGAUGCUUCUCAAGCCACGUGCGGCCCUGGGUUCCUAGGAACACCAGAUGUUCACCACCUCCACGUGCUAAGGGCCUCCUGAACACUGUCUCCUCUUCACCAAGUGUCUGUAGAACACACGUGCACACUGGAUGCCAAGUAUCCUACGUGCGCAGGUUUUCUCAACACUUGGGGGAGGCAUGGGGACAGUUUUCCGGAGCCACAAAAGCACUGGUUCAAAUACGUAUUUUCAGACUGUGAAGGCAAACAAAAAGUAUAUGAAUUAACUUUUUUAAACAUUUGGAAAGGUGUGUAGAAUAACAGACGAAGGACACGGACGAAAAUUGAUUUUUUUAUAACCGUCAACAUGUGCACACGUAACCUGGAAGAAAGUGCUGUGUACUCCUGUAUCCACCCCGGUGUCAGUGUUCUACAAAAAAAGUGUAUCCAUAGAUGUUUAAAAUUGUAAGUAAUUUUAUAAAUGUCCUUUGUGAACUUUUAUGUAACUGAUACGUGUAGGAAUUUUCGUUGGUCAAUUUCUCUGUCUCUUUCCCUUCUCUCCUUCCCUCUCGCUACUCCUAUCACUAUGUGUGUUUCAAUGGCUAUGCGUAAGCUAGGCAUAUGUAAGAAAGGGAAAUAUUCAUCUUUUUAUUCAUCGUACGUUUUGCCAAAUAAUUUGUACUUACAUGCGGCUGAAUGCACAAUGUGUUUUAGUAGGACCAUGUAAAAUAUAAAAAAGUACUGCACUGACAAUACUCCCUGUAAAAAGUCUAAGAUUUUCUAUUGUUCGCUUUAUAGUCCAUGUAGCCGACACUCCUCCCCUUCAGCUUGGAGCAAGUAGAGGUCUUCAUAACGUGACAGAAUGAAGCUAUUUUGAGCCUUAUGCAGUCCUGCUAAACGGUCCCCCGUAAGUAAAGCUCAGGGAAGCUCGUCUCGUCACCAAUAGGUGUUCUCAGCUUUGUAAAGCUGUUGACUCGUUAACAUCCCUCGAUUAUUUUCUUUCGUGCACUCCGUAUGCUCUUUAGGUGUCGUUCACUAAUUUAAAGAAGGGGACAGCCAGAUAUAUUUUGUUUGUUUUGCCGAUGGAUACAACCUUCAGUGUUUAGUUCGAGAGCCUGUAGUGGAGCCGUGCGAGGCCUCCUCACAGAGAAUACAAAUGGCAAUAGCGUUGCUCACGUAUUAUCCAUGGUUGGCUGAAGGCGAGUAGGCCACGUGGAAGGAAACAUGAAACUUGUCUUUGUUAUAGAAUGCGUGUACAUUGUUUUCAUCUUUAUUAUUGUAUUGUAUUAAGCAACAUUAUUGUUACAUGCGUACAAAAAUCACAGAACAGGCUAGGAUACAUUUUUCAUUAUUAUUAUUUAAGCGCAUCCCAGUGUUAUAAAUACUAGGUGUACAUAGAAUCUAAAUGUCCUGUCCGUGUUGGUCGGCUGGUCGUUGAAGACCAAGGAAGACGAGGAGGCGGGAGGCAGCCAGAGAAACAAAUGGUCGGUGGGGAGUUUUGAACUUUGCCGUGUUGGGAGGGAGAAAGGGAGAGAGGGAGGAGGGAGGGAGGGAGGGAUGGAGGGAAGAAAGGAGGGAGGGGAAAGUGUUGAGUGAAGGCUAGUAGAGGUCAAGGGGUCAAAGGGGGUUCAUAAUCUUAAAAAGGGUUUUCUUCAUCUUUGCGUCGUAGGACUUCCUCUGUGGUGGGCAAGUAAUUGGGAGCAAGUGACAGCUCUUUCAUUACGGUUGAUCGAAAGCCUCAAGUGUGCGCCUCGUCCCUUGUUCAGGGUUCCUUCCUCCCCACGUUUAUUUCCCUCGUAAAUUCAGAUAAAAUAAAGGAGUCUUUUUCUUCUUUCUUCCAAAAUUACCCGGAUAAGCGUUCACGUACGUUCACAUUCCGCAGAAUUCACAUAAAAAUUUCACCACACAAUUCUUGCGUUCUCAGCUCGCCACCCCCGACCCCCGGCCCCCGCGCCUCCCUCCCUCGGUCUCAAUCUCCACCUGGACUACUGUGCUUGUAGGGUUAGCGGGUCAGGGACGCUGUGAUGACUUGCACACCUAGGGAGCUGUUGGUUAUAAGCAUCACACUUAAGGAAACGCAAUAUAUUCAAUACCUCGUAGUUAUUUUUUUCUAUUUUUUCCUGAGAUCGUGAUAAAGACGCAUCAGCUCAGCCUCCGCCUUGGGGAGGCGUCCUGCCCUGCUGCAGGCGCUGCCCCGGCGAAGCUGAGCGUGUGAAGGGUAGCCUGCCACAGCCGGCCGUCACGAUGGCUUCCUGGUGACAAAGUUAUCACCGCCCUGCUGACCCCUUCCUCAGACGCGUAUUGUGGUGCAAAACCAGAUAUUAGACACACAAGAGGGAGCAGGAGCAGUUGUUAUGUUGCGUCAAACUUUUUGGCAACAUUAUCCUGCUUAAGAGAAUGAUCGUCUAACAAUUCAUAUAUAAUACAGUUUUAUUAGCCAAGGCUCAAGGGUUCAUUUAACUGCACAGUGCCCACGCUGGGUAACAACAUGUAUGAUAUUCCUAUCUAAUGUAUGAGUUUGCACAACCAUGUGCGCCUUCUCCGUGUCUGUAGGUGUGCCCUUCUUGACCUCAAGCGUUUAACAUAAACAAGGCAGCUCUGAGCUCUACAGAAAAUGCUGGAAAUUAUUUUCUCCUAACCGACGGACCACUUCUCUUCUUCGAACGCUCACACCACGCACUGUAACGACUUGUGUUGCGUGGCACCUUCUCUCUCUUUUGUGAUAACCAUUAUCACUGUUGCAAGUAUUGUUUUGCAGUGGCCCAUAUCAAGGAUUCUUCAUCUUUUUUAGAUAAUGAUAAGUUUGUCCAGAAGGGUUGAAUCAUGUACAGAUAUGAUUAUUGUUUCAAGAAUACUGUUUGAAACAUUGAGGGGUCCUCUUUAAGCCUCUUAUGUCAAGUGGAAUAAUGUACAUUGUAGUCACCAAAACUAAUAAACAUAGAAUGCCAAAA